UCUCCCACGCGCGAGGAGCUAGGGUGAAUAUUCUCCCCUAGAAUUCCUGUAUAAAGCUAGGUAUACACUAUUUUCACUUGUAUGUAAUAGCCCCAGGUCGAUAAUCGAGAAAAUAGGGAGCGAUUGAGCGUAGCUAUUUGUUCUUUGCCGCGCGGUGCCUGUAUACACAUAAGCCCGCUAUUCAUGCAGUGUGCGCAGACCCGAGACCGCGUCGAUACAGCACACCUGGGGCUUGCCUCUGGAAAAUUGCUAGUCUGGAGCAUACCUACAUGAGCAUAGGAGUGAAAAAAAGUAGCGGGAAAGGCUUGAUAUACAAGGAAACGGAGGCAUACCCGGACUGGGGCGAGGCAGAAACCGCGACUUGCAAGCACACGAUUGAUCAAUCAGGCCGAAAAUAAAGAAGUGUAGCUGUACCCUGAGGAUUGUCUGACGGUCAUGUCUUCAAUUAUCUUUCUGGCGCUCUGUGCUCUACAGGUAGUGACGUUGGUUAGAGCCAAUGGAUGCUACGACUACGUUAAAGUUCUGGCAAAGAAUGACAUGGAGUUGGAUUCUCGCGUUGACCUCAAGAACUUUCUCAUUCUCGAGCAAGAUGUCACUCAGACGCAGUUUGUUGAGAGCAUGACCAUAGCGCCCUCGACCGGCAAAAAAUCUUCAUGCGGCAACACACGGUCGUGGAUCUGCGAACUUUAUGAAGGCUUGCCACCGCAGUACGAUGAGCUCAAAUACAGAGGCAUGUCAAAGUCCGGUUUUAAUAAUUAUAUUGGAAAAAAUCUCGUUGAUCUGUUUGACAAAAAUUUGGACAGCGAUCAAGUAAUCCUCUACAAGAUGCAAAUCGUCGGCCCCUUAGAUCACGUGUGGCUGAUAGAGCAGCUCCCAGGAAAUAAAUACAGGGUGUAUCAGAGCUACAACAAUGCCUACUCGCUGACGGCCUGGCUGAGCGACAGCACUGAUGGACUGUUCGGCAAACACAUCAUCAUCUGGCAAGAGGUCAUCGACAUGGCCAACUCCUUCAUCUCGCAGUUCGGCUGCACCCUGGACACACUCGAUUCCUGCCCGAACGAACUCAACUGGGGGACGGAGUGGAUGGCAUACAUCCGCGACUACGACGAAGAACAGGCCGUCGCAAACUUCGAGGCCGCGUGGAAAAACUUCGGCAAGGGCGUGUUGUUGGACAAGACAGACUUCUACGACAUGUACCUGUACAAGCUAGGCAACCUGACGGCGGGUAUAGAGCCGAUGGUGGGCACGACAACACCGUGGUCACAGCAGCAACACGAUACGUGGAUCUCACUGUUUGCCAGCCCCAACCCACUCUGCUACCCCGGAGUGCCCUUCAACACACUCACGCCUACCACUAACGGACCGUACGAGAUGCAGGUGAAGGCGGAUAAGUUCGGGAGCGUUAGUAACGACGGCACGUGUAACGAGAACUACAAGCUACUCGGCUAUACCAUCGACGGCUGGACGGAUCCGAUAAACUCUGGAACUCACCUCCAGGUGUCGCUCGCUGUUAUGUUGGCCGCAACCAUUGCAAACACCAAUGUGUGGGUACAUUUGGUAGAAUAAAAAAUUAAAUAAAAAAAAGACUGUAGGCUUAGCCUGAUGGACGCAAAGAAAUAUAUUUUACGCAGCGCGAUAAAAUAACGCAGAGAAAGAUUUCGUAAUAGCUUUGGCAAUAAUUAUAUAUGUAGAGAGAGAGAUAGACCUAUGUUUUAUUGACGAAUUAUAUAUAGGAUAUAUAUAUAUAUAUAUAUAUAUAUAUAUCUCGUAUAGAGUAUCAUUUGAAAUAUGUGUGGUAUAUUGUAAACGUACUUAUUAUACUAAAUCAAGGCUGUAUUGAAAACAUGUCAUUUCGUUACUAUAUUGACAGCUAUAGUUGGUAAAAAAUGAAUGGCGUAUACUUCAUACUAAAACCGCGAAAAGAGUCAUAUUGUUUCGACUAGGAUACAGGCUAAAUAUAAUGGUUGUCAAUAAUUCUGCAUGCCGGCUCACGUCUUUGUUUCGUUGGUAGUAUUCUGGAAAGCGAGUAGAAAAGACUCGUGAGAUAGAUUAUGGAUUAUAGAUUAUUAUAUAGUAGAUGGGUUCAUGCUACUCUCAUCCCGGUUAAAAUACGGGUCACAUUUACAGGCAUAAAUCUACUUACGGCGUGAAUUAGAAACAGAUAUGUAACUAUAAUUAUAGCCAAGCGCGCACGAUGCUGCGAAAAACACGGAUUUUGCAUCACGUAGGCCUAUAACUCAUGUGUGUUGUCGUUAACUCAUAUAGUGUAUUUUUCAUUGUUUCGUCACAGAUUAUAUGUAUGUAUGAUAAUACGUGCGCGCGGACGUGCGUGCGUGAAUGCGUGUGCGCGUCUUUAUAAUACACACAUAUCUAAUAAACAGACAUGACUCGA